AUGGGCCGAAUAACAAGCAAAUCUGAGUUGAUAGGCUAUUUCGUCUGUUUUGCGGUUGGUAUGGACCUGGAAACCCAACAAGCGUCAGCAAAAGCUGGAGGUUGGUCUGUGGGGGUUGUCUGUUUGGGUUGUAUUGAACCUCCUUUCUAUGUGUUGUCCGCUCGGGGACCUUACCUGAAGAUCGCACUGAAUUCCAAGAAAGCUGGAAUGGACGGCGUGGAUAUCGUCAGCAAAGCUGGUGAGAUCCCGUCGCAGAACCCUAUCUAA